AUGACUGUGGACGAGGGAGUUGAUAUCACUAAAGCCCAAGAUGGUGGUGUACUGAAAAGAAUUAUUAAAGAAGGCAAAGGCACUGAAACUCCGAACGUGGGAUGCCAGGUUAUCGUGCAUUAUACUGGAACACUUCUAGAUGGAAGCAAGUUUGAUUCCAGCAAGGACAGAAAUGAACCCUUUGAAUUUCAACUCGGCAAAGAUAUGGUGAUAAAAGGAUGGGAAGAAGGCGUUGCUACUAUGAAAAUGGGUGAGGUCGCGAUGUUGAUCUGUCAGCCGGAUUAUGCUUAUGGCGAGCAGGGCAGCCCACCCAAGAUACCACCUAACGCAACACUACAGUUUGAAAUUGAGGUCCUCGAUUGGAAGCUGGAAGACUUGAGUCCCAACAAGAAUAAGGGUAUCUUGAGAUAUGUGGUGGAACAAGGAACGGGGAAAGACUGCCCUAAUGAUGGCUCAGCUGUUACUGUGGAAUUGGAAGGAAAGCUGACAGAUGGGACUGUGUUUGACAACCGAACAGUCUCCUUUGUACUAGGAGAGGGCGCUGAGAGUAACAUCUGCCACGGACUAGAACGGGCUAUAGAGAAAUUCAAUCUCAACGAAAAGUCCAGGUUGACUAUACAACCGAAGUAUGCCUUCACAUCAGAAGGGAAUUCAGAAAUGGGAGUUCCCCCGAACUCUGUAGUGGAGUAUACUGUGAAACUGGUCAGCUUUGAAAAGGCCAAGGAACCGUGGGCAAUGAGUGCUGAUGAGAGAGUACAACAAGCGAAGAUAUGUAAGGAGAAAGGAACAAACUAUUUCAAAGAUAAUAAAUACCAGCUGGCCAUCAAGAAGUAUAAGAAAGUUGUUGCUCUAUUAGAAGACAUGGUCGACGACAUCACCCAGAUGUCCGAAUAUCGUAACGCUGGUAAAAGAUUAUUACUGGCUGUUCAUCUUAAUUUGGCGCUAGUGUAUCUGAAGGUAUCUGCCUUCUACCCCGCCAACGACCACGCUAACAAGGCCCUCAAAUUCGACCCCAAGAACGUCAAAGGUCUGUUCAGAAGGGGUCAAGCUCUACUGGCCAUUGAAGAAGCGGAGAAAGCGCUCAAAGACUUUGAAAAGGUCGUAGAAGCUGAGCCUGAAAAUAAGGCUGCUGCAAACCAAAUUAAAGUGUGCAAGUCGAUGAUCGCGAAACAGAAGCAGAAGGAGAAGCAGCUGUACGCGAACAUGUUCGACAAGUUCGCCAAACAUGACUCGGAGGUGGAGAGGCUGCGAGCUAAAGCCGCUGCCGACGCUUACAGCGGCCCGGUGGGGGAAUGGGCUGGGGAGGGGGGCGAAGGAGAGUGGACAGAGAGGGAGAGAGAGAGAAAACCAACACACUUUGAGAGGGAGAACCCCAACAUAUUGAUGUUAGACGGAGACGGAAGAUUCCAGAACAUGUGA